AUGGGGACCAUCGACAGCGGAACAGAGACACUAUUUUCCGACGAAUCCUCUUGUGAAUUAGUGCGAUCCCCUAGUAUAUGCUCUGGAGAUGAAACCGAGGUUCAAAUGGAGGACACUCGAUCCAUCAACAGCAGGUUGGGGCCUCCUAAUAUACAACCCUACAGCGGUGUCCUAGAAAAGGGAAAGGUGGUAAUCCGACCCAUCGCCUUUAAACCAUCAACUAUGACGAUGACCGGUUCGUCAAGGUUUGGAAUGGCAGGAGAACGAUACGGAUCCACACCGAUACUCACCAGGCCUGGAUCCAGGCUCACGCUUUACGGAAGUAGCAGCGAUUUACGGCCACCAAAUAAUGUAAACAACUACUCUCUAGAUAGAAAGUUAAGGUCUUCGUGUCCUUCUUCGACUUGUUCUCCACCCUUAGCGAUGAGUUCACUCUCUUCAUUACCCCACAGUCACAAACUCGUUAAUUAUGAUAGUUUAGAAAGUGUAAGAAAAUCGCCAAUGUCUAAUGCUGAUAGUUCCGGACCAAACAAACUUUCCUAUCGCCUAAUGUCAGCAUCAAACCAUAGCAGUAUGUUGGAUCUCACCCCAUCACCUUCUGAUUCCGGAAUUUCGGAACUGGAGGCAGCCCUUAGAGAUCGAGAUUCCGAACUUGCGUAUUUACGGCAAACAAUGGAACAUAACGAACAAGUCAUUUUCAGAGUAUACCAGGAGAAGGAGAAAGUCUGGGAAAGAGAACUGAAAAGACUGAAAACUGCCCAAGAAAAUAGACUCAGGGCCAGCUCCCAAAAAGUACUUAAAUUAGAACAAAUGUUAAUGAUGCAAACGUAUCAAAUGCAACAAGAGAAAAAGAGGUUGUGUUCUGAUAUUCAGAGAUCUAAUAUGCAAUGUGACAGAUUGCGUCAAGAAGUCACUGUUUUAAAAGGAAGAUUAGAAGAAACUGAAUGGGGAUUGUGCCAGAAAACUGGCGAAAUUUCUUUAUUAAAAAGUCAACUUAAAGAUCUCCAGAUCGAUCAAACUAAUAAAAACCAGGAGUUCAUCCUAUUCCGAACAGACCAACGUGAUCUUCGACAUCAACUGGAACAAAAAAAUCAAGAACUGGAAAAUUUACAUUCAAUAACAAAUUCCAAAGAUGAAGAAAUUGAGGAGCUUAAAAGGCAAAUAGAGCAACUAAAAGCGUCGCCAUCACCAGUUUAUGAAAAAAACAUGAAAGUUAAUUCAAAUUAUGAAGAAACAGAAAAAUUAAAGGCGGAAAUUAAAGAACUGAGAGAAGAACUCUCAGAUAUGAGUUUAAAAGAUUAUUCUCAUGUGGAACCUGGAAGAAAUAAAGCAAAUUAUAUCAACGAGGAUGGUUGUAACGACAACAUUGAAAUUAAGAAGAUAAAUAUUGACGUAGAGGAAGAGGGCGUAAAUGAAAUAGAAAAUCUGAAAGCAGAAAUAUCGGCUAAAACCAAGCAAUUUGAAAAUGAAAGGAGAAUCUGGGUACAAGAAAAAGAAAAGGUUCUCAGAUAUCAACGACAGUUACAGAUGAAUUACGUCCAAAUGUUUAGAAGAACCAGAGCGCUGGAAGCUGAAAUUGAAAAUUUAACUGUAGAACUGGAGAUGGACAAAAGCGGACUGAAGAAAAAAUUAGAACUAUCACAGACUAUUGACUUAUGA